AUGCAGAGCAUAACGUCGUUUUGUUACACGGUGGGGAAGGCGUCAGAGCCGGGCGUGAGUAGUGGAGGUAGCGUUUGGGGAUGUGACAGGUGGGUACCCGAGAAAUCACGAGAAAACCAUGUACACCGUUCAGCACGUUUUGUAUUUUUGUACCUCGACGUGAAUUGGCCGCCACCUUUGAAGUCAAGAGGACAUAUUGCUCUUGGUCGACCUCCGGAAAUUGGCGAUCGGAGCAGCGCGGUGGGUCCAGGAAAGGCUGGUGCAGGGCGGAAUGCAGUAAAGUGGGACGGGCUGAAGCGGUUCGUUCCAGACAUUGUUGGAUCGGAGCGUGUCGAUCCGGAGCUUGUGGGGCCGGAGCAGAUGGGGCCAGAGGGCGUGGGGCUUGAGGGUGUCAGGUCGGAGGGUACCGGCUCGGAGCGUGAUGGGCCGCAGCGUGUUGAUCCGCAGCGUGUUGAUCCGCAGCGUGUUGAUCCGCAGCGUGUUGAUCCGCAGCGUGUUGAUCCGCAGCGUGUUGAUCCGCAGCGUGUGAUCGAUUUACCGCAGCGUGUUGAUCGCAGGCGUGUAGCGAUGGUCCGAGGCAGGGUUGUCGAGCCUGGAUCGCGCUGA